AUGCCGGCCGGGGCCCCUGACAAGCACCACAAUGUCCUUCACCUUGUCACAUGCGUGCCGGCUGGGCGCCUCUCGGCUGGGCCUGGUGCGCCCGCUGGGCGCGGCCGCGCUCCGCCCGGCCAGCACGCCGCCUACGAGCACAUCCUGGUGGAGCGACGCGGCGAGGGCGAGCGCGUCACCCUCAUCCAGCUGAACCGGCCCAAGUCGCUGAACGCGCUCUGCAGCCCACUGAUGUCGGAGCUGCUGGAGGUGGUGCACCAGGCCGAGCAGGACCCGGCCGUGGGCGCCAUCGUCCUCACGGGCAACGAGAAGGCGUUCGCCGCCGGCGCCGACAUCAAGGAGAUGCAGGACAAGCGCUUCGCCGACGUGUACCGCGGCUCGUUCCUCGCCUUCUGGGGUGGCGUGGCGCAGUGCACCAAGCCGGUGGUGGCGGCCGUGAACGGCUACGCGCUCGGCGGCGGCUGCGAGCUCGCCAUGAUGUGCGACGUCAUCUACGCCGGCGAGAAGGCGCGCUUCGGCCAGCCGGAGAUCGCGCUGGGCACCAUCCCGGGCGCUGGCGGCACGCAGCGGCUCACGCGCGCCGUUGGCAAGUCCAAGGCCAUGGAGAUGUGCCUGACAGGCGACAUGAUUGAUGCGCAGACGGCCGAGCGCGCCG